AUGGUAUACAUAGAGGAGAGGUUGGGGAAUAAAUCAGAUAGAUGUGCUGAAUCAGUCGUGAAUUCCAGCACAAUUGCGACCAUUGUGACUUCGCUGUCUGGGUCACCUGCUACAGUGGGCAUAGUCCGUUUAUCAUGCCCGUCUGCAGUAUCUAUUAUCGGGCGUGUGUUUCGAUCGGCUUCUAAAGAGAAGAGAAGGGAUGACCGGAGGCCGACCAGCCAUGUUGUGGAGUAUGUUGAAGAACAGCGCCCCCCCAGUGGGCACACCAUUACACCUGCUGUUGCCAUUCGAGCCCCUCCAAAACCCUCUGCGGCCUCCCCACUUCUUGUGCGUCAUCAAUAUGGUAUUACAAGUCUGCUGCUGUUAUUAUGGGCCAUAUGUGUAGUUUAA